AUGAGAAGAGAAAAGGACCCAAAGGAGAGUAAAAAGACACGGGCAGCUGUUGUCAGCGUGCUAAGUGGGCUAAAGGGAGCAUUCAUUGUGCGUGUUUUCUGUCGAAUCGAUUCGACUCACGUCCUUGGAAUGAAAUGUGCCGCGAAAAACGUUAAUAGGCACUAUACCGUUCAAAGUGUCUCUUCCUUUCCUUCUUUUCCGAUUUCCCCUAUUUCCAUUUCUGUCUCCCUCCUUUCUGUCUGUCUGUCUGUCUGUCUCUCUCUCUCUCUCUCUCUUUCUAGCAUUCCUUCCUUUUCUCUGCACCUCCCUCGACUUCCUUUCAUUCUCCUACUACUCCAUCUUUCUCUUUCUCCUUCAGUUUCUCUCUCCUUUUUCCAUAUAUCUUUCUCCAUCCGUCCUUUCUUCUUUUUCUCUCCCAUUCCAUUUCUCUCCCCUUUUUUCUACCUCGUCUCUUCCCGUCACCCCCUCUCUCUCUCCUUCCAUUUCUCUCUCCGUUCUUCUCCUCACCCUAUCCUUUCACCCACUUUCUCUCUCACAUUUCCCCGUCAGUUCUCCUUCCUUAUUUCUCUCUCUCUCUCUCUCUCUCUCUCUUCUUACAUUUCUCCUAAAAUUCUUUCUUUCGCUCUCUUAUUUCUUCUUUCGCUCUCUUAUUCCUUCUUUCGCUCUUCUGGCUUCUUCUAUGCCACUUUCUCUCUUCACCUCCUCACUAGUAAUAUUUAUAUCUAUUUAUCUCUCUUAUCUACCGCCCCUCUAUCUAGCUCUUCCUCUCUAUAUUGCGACCACUUUCGACUCAGGGAAGCAAUUUAG